GGCGGGGGCGGAGGAAGCCGCCGCUCCCCGCGCUCCGCCGAGGCAGGAGCAUCCCGGAUCGCGGGGACACGGGGACAUCCCCCCCAUCCCCGGCCGCCGCCGAGCCCCGGGGCCGCCGCCGAGCCCAGUGGGACUCCUGUGCCUGCCCAGGACCAUGAUCCCCCCGAAGGAGAAAACCCGCGCCCCCAAGGACAGCAUGACACUCCUGCCCUGCUUCUACUUCGUGGAGCUGCCCAUCGUGGCCUCCUCUGUGGUGACGCUCUAUUUCCUGGAGCUCACGGACCUCUUCAAGCCGGCCAAGGUGGGCUUCCAGUGCCAUGACCGAGCUCUCUCCAUGCCCUACGUGGAGACCAACGAGGAGCUCAUCCCGCUGCUGAUGCUGCUCAGCCUGGCCUUCGCCGCGCCCGCCGCCUCGAUCAUGGUCGGGGAGGGCAUGGUGUACUGCCUGCAGUCCCGGCUGAAGGGUCGUGCUGGUGCAGAGGGCAGCAUCAAUGCCGGCGGCUGCAACUUCAACUCCUUCCUGCGCCGCACCGUCAGGUUUGUGGGUGUCCACGUGUUCGGGCUCUGUGCCACAGCCCUGGUGACAGACGUCAUCCAGCUGGCCACAGGCUACCACGCUCCCUUCUUCCUGACUGUGUGCAAGCCCAACUACACCCUGCUGGGCACCCCCUGUGAUGCCAACCCCUACAUCACCCAGGACAUCUGCUCAGGCACCGACAAGCACGCCAUCCUCUCUGCCAGGAAGACCUUCCCAUCCCAGCACGCCACACUCUCAGCUUUUGCUGCUGUCUAUGUGUCGAUGUAUUUCAACUCCAUCAUCUCGGACAGCACCAAGCUCCUCAAGCCCAUCCUGGUCUUUGCCUUUGCCAUUGCUGCUGGCAUCUGUGGCCUGACCCAGAUCACCCAGUACCGCAGCCACCCCGCUGAUGUCUACGUGGGCUUCCUGAUUGGCGCUGGCAUUGCUGCCUACCUGGCUUUCCAUGCUGUUGGCAAUUUCCGUGCCCCAACAGAGCGGGUCCAAGCCCAGGCACCGGCCAAGGACGCGCUGCGGGCGCUGACACAGCGAGGCCACGAUUCUGUCUACCACCAGAACAAAUCUGUGAGCACCGACGAGCUGAACCCGCAGGCGCGCCUGGAGGAAGCGGCACGGCCGGUGCCGCGCGAGAAGAACUCCCUGGGCAGCCUGAAACGGGCCAGCGUGGAUGUGGACCUGCUGGCCCCACGCAGCCCCAUGGGCAAGGAGAACAUGGUGACCUUCAGCAACACCCUGCCCCGCGUCAACACGCCCUCCAUGGACGACCCCGCGCGGCGCCACAUGACCAUCCACGUCCCCGUGGACGCCUCGCGCUCCAAGCAGCUCAUCACCGAGUGGAAGCAGAAGUCGCUGGAGGGUCGCAGCAUGACGCUGGCCGAGGAGGCGGCGCAGGGCCGGGCCGUGGGGGAGCCCGGAGAGGAGGUGCCCCCAUCUCUGUACCCCACGGUGCAGGCACGCUCUGCUGAACGGGCGGCCAUGGGGCCUCGUGUGCUGAUCCAGCCCCGGCCGGGCGCCUCGCAGCUGGUGCACAUCCCCGAGGAGAGCCAGGCGGGCGCUGGGGCCGCAGCCGGCAGCGGGGCGGCCGUCAGGGCCAAGUGGGUGAUGGUGGCAGAGAAGGGGGGAGCGCAGAGGGUGGCCAACCCGCCGCGCCUGAUGCAGGUCAUCGCCAUGUCCAAGCAGCAGAGUCUUGUCUCCGUCACACCCAAGCACUCGGAGACGUCCUCGUCCUCCACCAGCUCUGACUCCUCGCAGUACCGCUCGCCCUCGGAGCGCGACAGCUCCAGCAUCAUCACCAUCGACGCCCACGCCCCUCACCACCCCGUUGUCCACCUCUCCGCUGGCAACGGGCCCUGGGAGUGGAAAUCGGGGCCCAAGGGGCCGGAGGGGUCAGACACCUACGAGCUGGGUGAGGUGGGGAAGGAUUUCCACGGCUUCCACCCGGCCAAGAGCGCUGGCGUCUCGCCUGGCUCCUCUGUCAGCGACAUGGAGCAGGACGAGCCGCGCUACGGCAGCCUGGCCGCCAUCCCGGGGGCAGCAGGGGGUGGUGGGGAGCGGGUGGAAGCCGCCCCUGAGGGGCUGCUGGCCACAGCCAGCCGUGACUCCACGCUGAGGAGGAAGCCGGCCGAGCGGGACGGGCCAGGGGACAGCGAGGUGGACCUGUACUACAAGAAGAUGCAGGCAGGCCGCAGGUUUAAGGACUGAGCCCCGGUGCCCCACGCCCCUGUUCUGAUUUGGGGGGCUCUGUGAUGCUGGGGUGCCUCUGCAGGGGAUGGCAGGACGGGGCUGGAUUUGCUCUGGACCAGCACGGCCACGCUGGUGACAUCUGUGGGACCCCCAGCACGGGACCCUGCUCCUGCUCGGGCAGCUGGUGGGGCUCUGUCCCCCCACAGGCUGUGGGGGCUGGGCAGCUCCAAGCACUUUUGACUUUGUCUUUUUCUCUAACACUGGUGCUGACAUUUCCGAGGGGUUAUUUUAUUCCAGCUCUGGAAGUGGAUGUCUGAAGGGGGGCGGGGAGGGACAAAUGGUGCUG